AUGUCCUCAGCUAUUUUUCCGCCAGAGGGCCACACCGGCAUCCUGGCCGCCGUCAUCGGCGCGGGCGGCAUUGUUGUCUUUCUUUACUGCAUGUCCCGGCGGCGCGGGCCGUCAUCGCGCCGGCGCCGCUGUCCGCCUGUUCUGCGCGGCAUCAACGCUGGUGAGCGGCCGGAGCUUGCGACGAAGUUAGCCAUCGACCACAUCGCCAAGGGCGAGAUCGCGACACUGGGCGAGCUGCUUGGCUUCUUCCGCGGCAAGGAUGCAAAGCGGGUGCGGAUUGAGGAAACACUCCUCAAGUUCCUGCGGCACCACUACCCAGCAGAAGCGGCCCCAAGCGCGGGCACCCCGGUGAAGUACAGCGGCAACGUAAGGGCGCGGCGGAUGUUGCAGCAACUCCGCCACUGCGCAGAGCAGGCGGCGCGGCUGGAGGAGGAGCGCGCCACGCCAUUUGACGCCACCAACCCCGACCACGCACGGAUGCUACAGGAGUUGUGGGCGGCAGCAGGAAAGUCAUCCGAGACAUUCGCGCCCCACAACAAUAGCGAGUGGGGUGAUCUUGGUUUUCAGGGGCGGGACCCCACCACUGACCUGCGCGGCGGUGGUGUUUUGGCGCUGCGGCAGCUGCUGCACUUCGCCCAGACGCACAACAGUGACUUCCUGGAGAUGAUGGCCUUCAACAAAAAGAUUCUUGCGGCGGGAGAGCACUGCUGGUACCUCCUUGCUGUCGUCUCCAUCCAGUUCACGGCACAGCUGUUGCUGCAGCAGGACCACAAGUUCUACCUGCCGCAGCUGGAGGUUCUGUACGACACUGUCAAGAGUGGCGGCGAGAAUGACGACGAAGCGGGUCGUCACGUGGGAGACAUGCGCGCAGCUGUCCUUGAGCGGCGUAGCAGCAGCUGCAAAGGCGGCGACGACAAGAGUGCCGACGAUGCGUGGGAACAGGAAAGUGACUUUGAGGCUGGCUUCUUCACACUGCACCACCAACUCCUGCUACACUUCAAAACAUGCUGGCACCGCGACCUGCCGCACGUGAUGGAGUACGGCAACUACAUGCCGGCCGUCUUCCAGAGUUUCUUUCUGCCCGACUAA